GGGGCCCAGAUUCCAAGUUUUCUAAAAAGCUAGUCUACACAGUUUGGGAAUCUGGCUCUGAGUACCAGUCAGAAUUUGGGUCCCUCCAAAGUCAUGUCUUUCAAACAUUUCCACUGGGAUGUAUAACUAGCACCUUGACCGUGUCCUUUGUUUUGUGGUGCUGGGGGUCAAACCCAAGGCCUGCCCAGGUUAGGCAGGAACUCCUGCACUGAGCUGCCCGGGGUGCGUCUUAAACCUAACUGCCCCAAUGCCCGGUCUCCAGCUAAUCCUGCUCCAUCCAGCGCCUGCUCCAGCCAGCCCGGUCCUUCCAGAACCCACCAAGAACCUAGGAGUCGAGACACCGGUGUCCCGGCCUGCAGCCCGUCUAGGGUCUCCUGAAGCCGGAACCACCCUCGUGCGCCCCUCAUUCCCGUGCUGGGUCGCGCGUCCCACCGUGGAGGCCUCUCUCGCAGCAACAGCCUUUGUGCUUCGGCCCUCCGUGUCUUGGUGUCACUCCCGCCUCUGCGCCCCCUCCCCUGAACUCCUUCAGGGUGCAGGACGCUCCCGCUCCUUCUCUGCCCGCCCGACGGAGCGCUCCCUCGUGCCUGCUGACUGCCACCCCUCCAGCGUGGUUCCCGCAGUCACUGCGGGGGGAGGCCGGCCGCGGGGCUCCCCAGGACCUGCGGUGCCCAGGCGCGCACGCACUGGGGAGGCUGCGGUGCCGGCGAGCGCCCUGGCCGCCAGGCUCCGGGAUGGCGGGCGCUGCCUGCCAGCGGCGCCCCAAGCUACUGCCACCGUCACAGAGCCGGGAGGAGCCAGGCGGGAGCAGGGUGGGGCGACGGAGGAGGGCGCUGCGCCGCGGGGACGCAGGUGGCUCCCUGGGCGGCGCGCACCGGGCAGAACGGUGUGGCGCCCGGGGCAGGUGCGGCCGCAGACCACGCCCACCGGCGCUGGCGCGGGGAGGUGCCGCCCCGGGUUCCCAGGGCAACCCGUCAACAGGUCGCCCCCACGGUCAGCGGAGCCUGCAGGCCCGGGCGCCGCCAUGUGUGCCGCGGAGGUGGACGCUCACGUAGCCCAGAGAUACCUGCUCAAGCGGCGGCUCGGGAAGGGGGCCUACGGCAUUGUGUGGAAGGCAGUGGACCAGAGGACUGGUGAGGUAGUGGCCAUCAAGAAAAUCUUCGAUGCCUUUAGAGACCAGACAGAUGCCCAGAGAACAUUCCGGGAAAUCAUGCUCCUCCGGGAGUUUGGAGACCACCCCAACAUCAUCCGCCUCCUGGAUGUGAUCCCGGCAGAGAACGACAGGGACAUUUACUUGGUGUUUGAGUUUAUGGACACUGACCUGAAUGCUGUCAUCCGGAAGGGCAGCGUGCUGGAGGACACCCACAAGCGCUUCAUCUUCUACCAGCUCCUUCAGGCCACCAGGUUCCUGCACUCCGGCCACGUCAUCCACCGGGAUCUGAAGCCAUCCAACGUGCUGCUGGAUGCCAACUGCCGGGUGAAGCUCUGCGACUUUGGCCUGGCUCGCUCCUUGAGCAACCUGCCCGAGGGGCCUGAGGGCGGGGCCCUGACCGAGUAUGUGGCCACUCGCUGGUAUCGCGCUCCAGAGGUGCUGCUGUCCUCGCCCUGGUACACCCUUGGGGUGGACAUGUGGAGCCUGGGCUGCAUCCUGGGAGAGAUGCUGAGAGGGCAGCCCCUGUUCCCGGGCACCUCCACUGUGCAUCAGCUGGAGCUGAUCCUGGAGACCAUCCCGCCGCCGACUGAGGAGGACCUCCGGGCUCUCGGCGCAGGCUACAGCUGCACCUUGCUGCACCUCCUGGGAUCCCGGCCACAGCAGUCGCUGGAUGACAUCCUGCCACCAGACACGCCCCCAGACGCCCUGGACCUCCUCAGGAAACUUCUGGUGUUUGCCCCCAGCAAGCGGCUCAGCGCAGCCCAGGCCCUGCAGCACCCCUACGUGCGGAGGUUCCACUGCCCCAGCCGUGAGUGGACACAUGACUCGGAAGUGUGGCUCCCGGAGCUGGAAAGAGACCAGCUCUCUGCCUCCGAGUAUCGCAGCCGCCUCUACCAGGUGCUCGGGCCUCCACCUCGACUGCCCCCUCUCCCUGUGCACCCUGGAGUCCACCUGACUCAGGGACAACUAGUGCUCCCCUUGCCCACACCACGCACCUCUGAACACCCUCCCCUUCCGCAGAUGAUCCUGGAGAGAAGGGGCCACAGCCGUGGGCCAAGAGAGGGAAUCUUGGGGAGCACUGCCUUGGGGCCAGAGCCCAGGACUUCCUGGGCUCGGGGGCACCUGUUCCAUCACAGAGCCGUCCCCCAGAUCACGUCCCGGAUGCCUGUAAGGAACCCUGGUUCCAGGCCUCAGAGUAGCCCUGAUGGUGACCCUGAGCAGGAAGCCUCUGGUGCAACCAGGAACAUGCCUAGACCGAGCGUGGCACCCCAGCCCCAACCUCUGCCCCCAGGAAGGUGGGAAAGGUCCCCUAGGACUAAGGCAGAGCCCCCCUGUGCACCUCCAGGGAUCAGUAGCUUGAGAGGCAUGGCACCCUCCCUGACCUUGCAGGCCGCAGCCCAGGCCACCAACCAGGCCCUGAUCCGCAGUGACUGGCCCCUGAAUGGUGGGCUGAGGGCAGCUGGUGGGCGACAGGUCUCACCCCGGCCCACCUGGGAGGUUCUGGAGCCCCGACCAGGCCGCAGGAUGUUCGGCACCUCAGCCUGGCAGGGGGCCCAGGGAGCUGCCAGGGCUGCGCUUGGGGGCUACUCCCAGGCUUAUGGGACAGUGUGCCGCUCAGCGCUGGACCGCCUGCCCUUGCUUCCUGGACCUCACGCGUGAGGGGCCCACGUGCCUCGCCGCCCUGCCGCAACACAGCGCUCUUCCUCCUUCCUUUGCUGGGCUGCAUCUGAGUUCUGGGAGCUCCCCUGGGCCUCUCUGGGGGAGCAGACACGGUCUCCCCAAACCUGAAGACUGUU